AUGGAAAGAGGUCAUCACCCUUCCUCAGUGAUGGUUUGAUAUAUAAGAAUAGUGACACGUGAUCAUGUGAGAGACGUCAUUAUACCGGAAAAAGAGAAUACUGCCCGCAAUUUGAUUUUGUGCAAAUCAGAACUAGAUAAACUAGAGGCUAUUCAGGAGACUGAAGGUCAAGAUAAGUCUGAAGAAUUAAGGAAACAAAGAGAACAAUAUGAAUUGGAUGCGGCUGAAAGCGAUAACAGAAAGAGGGAGCUUCAAAAACACUAUGUCAGCUACAGGGAAAUGGAUCCUGUCCUCAGUAAGCUGGAAUAUGUCGCUAAGCUUAAAGCUAAUCUUCUUCUUCAAAAAGCUAAAGCUGUAAGGCAAGAAGAUGAUGACGAUAUUAAAUUGUGUAAUAAGCUACUUCUCGGGACGAAAUGCCAAGCAAUAAGGGAUGCUCAGAUAAUGGAAAGAAAACAGAUACAGGAAGAAUUGGAACAGGAAGAAAAACGUCUUGAGGAAAUGAUGGAACAUGAAAGGCUAAAGAAGUUAGCCAGAGAAAAGGAAGAAUUCCUCUUACGGCAGAAGAAAAGGGAAGAAUAUAUUUAUAGUCUUGAUGAACAAGUAAAAAGGAAUCUCUUAGAAAGAGAAAUGGAAGCAGAAAAGCAACUUGAGGAAGCAAUGAUUUUAAACGAAGCUGUGAUACAAUCUAAAAUUGAUUACUUGAAGCAGGAAGAAGAAAAAAAAAUGAGAAAAGAUAAAAUAAGAAAGGAAAUCCAUAAAAUGAACGAGCAAGUUCUAAAUCUUUUAGAUGAAGAAAAAGAAAAAGCAAAGCUUGCUGAUCUAAAGAUUCAAGAAUUAAUGAAGAAGAAAGCAGCGGAGGAACAAAAAAGAGAAGAAGAGCUAUUAAGAGAAAAAAAAGAAAGAGAAAAGGAGCUAGCAAAAAUGAGGAAAGCUCAGCAGUCACACUCGGACGAUAUAGAAAAAAGGGAAGCGGAUAGGGCUAAGAGGAUUCAAGAACAGUAUGAAGAACAGUGGAGAAAAAAGGAAAGGAAGGAGUAUGAAGACAAGGUCAAAGCAAAUGAAAAAUUAAAAGAAGAUAGAAGGCUACAGAUUGAAGAAAAACAAAGAGCUCAAGCAAGGGAGAGAGAAAGGGAAAUGGAAGAAGUUGCACGACUUCAAAUGAUGGAAGAAGCCAUACGACAAAAGGAAAAAGAACAAGAAGAGGAAAGAAGAAGGGCAAAAGAAGAAUACAAGGCUCAAUUAUUAAAACAGAUGAAUGAAAGAGAGAAAGAACGAAUAGUCAAAAGAAAAGAAAUAUUUGAAGAUGGAAUCAACCCACAAGAUACCAGAACAGUAUAUCAAAGAUGUGGAGAAGAAACUUCGUUCAUACUCCUCUUUAUAACUUUUGUUGGACUCGAAAUGGAAACGACACCUGAACCUAGUGCCGUUGUUGCAUCUACUCCAGUUCAAGAGAAUGUAGCUGCUGUAAUAGCGUCCGGUGUGGACACUCCAGCUGCUGCUUCCCCUGUAGAAAAAACAGAGAAUGGCUCUCCCAACAAAAAAGGUUGGCCUAAAGGAAAAAAACGGAAGAAAGCUCAGAAAGAUCACACAGCUCCUAGACAACCUCUUACAGGAUAUGUUCGAUUCUUGAACGAUAGGAGAGAAAAAUUUCGAGCUGAGAAUCCUAACAUGCCAUUUGCUGAAAUAACUAAAGUUUUAGCCGCAGAAUGGAGUGCACUCCCUCAUGACCAAAAACAGCAAUAUCUAGUUGCUGCAGAACAAGAUCGAGAGAGGUAUCUUCAGGAAGUUGCUGCUUAUAAAAAGUCUGAAGCCUAUAGGCUCUUCAGUGAACAGCAGGCCUCCAAGAAGCCUAAAGAAGAAUGCGAAGAGACUCUUCACGAACCUGAAACUGACGUCUCGGGAUAUGAUAUUCCGGUUUUCACAGAAGAAUUUUUAGAUCACAACAAGGCCCGUGAAGCUGAACUGAGACAAUUGAGGAAGAGCAACACGGAUUAUGAACAGCAAAAUGCAACCAUACAGACCUAUAUCGCUGGGCUGCAUAAUGCUAUAGAAAAACUUUCUGUAGAAACGCAACAGCAGCGAAGUAAUAACAAUGCAUUAGAACAGCAUUUGCAGCAUCUGCGUACAGUUUUCACUGCUGCCUUUACUCUCAUCCAAGUUCCAGGUUUAGAACCUCCAACCAUCAGUAACAUUGACGAAUACGUCGUUAAACUGACAGCGUAUGCUAGAGAGGAACCGAACAAUCCUGUUAUUACUACAUUAAAGAACACCAUUAGCCAGUUAGACGUACAAGCAUGACCCAGAAUUAUUAUAAAAAGAAAACUAUUAAAAUCGAAAAAACAUUCAUGAUCUGUAGUUUCUGCGAAACUAUAGUACUAUGAAAAAAAAAUUUUUUUUUUCUUUCUUAAUCUUAAAAUUCCAUUGUAAAGUGCAUUAUAUUUUGAAUGCAGUUUUAUUAAAUUUUAUAUCUUUUGGUUAAUACAUUUAGUGUGAGAUUUAUUGAAAUCAAUAAUAAGGUUAUUUCUUAAAUUGUAUUAUGAAAGUAUAUCUGUUUACGAUGGACAACUUCCCAUUGAUCCAUGGUUUUAAUUAUUGUAAUAUAAGUAAUUAUAGAUUAAUUUUCAUUUUAAAUGGUGUAUAUAUUUUCUUAGUUUGAAGAAACUAUUUUUUUUUUCUAAUCAUUGAACUUGAAUUAUAAUUCAUAGAUAAAACAAUAUAUGCUAUUUAUUUGCAUCGUAAUUAGUAGAGUCAAUGUAGUAAUAUUCUAAAAAUAUUUAAUAUUUUGCUAUUGAUUAUAAUAUGAUUAUUAAAUAACUUAGUGAUCAGAUUCCAGAUUUCAAUUUAUUAUUAUUUAUGAGUUUUUAAAUAUAAUCGUAUAUUAUUAUUGAAUUUAAGAUACUUAAUUAUAUGCUCUGAAAUGUUACAUCAGGAGCUGUGGAUAAUAUAUUGUAUAUUUUUAAGAAAAUGAAUUAAACUUUACUUCUUUUUUAAUUUUUAAUGAAAAAAAAGGCUACAAUUUGUUUUUUUCAAUAAUUAUUUUUUAAUUUGUACUGACUCAAAAAACUAUUAGAUGUGUUAUAGCUAUUUUACAACAUUUUAUUGAUGUACUUAUCCUUACUCUAUUUAGAUAUCAUGUUCCUAAUCUCUUGUGGAUCUGGUCCUUUGAGGAUUCAUGUACCAUUUACAUCUGUUGUAGAUAUACGAAAAUAUAACAUAUUUUAAAAUUUACAUAUC